AUGGUAACCUAUACAAACCUCGACCUUGUCCAACAAUGCGAUAAAUUUCCGUACGCUCAAACGGGGCCAGACGAGUACGCUAGAAAGGUCUCAGGGUAUUACAAGUUCUACGUAGAAGGGUGUGAUGCAGUGCUUGGCUUUAUGCUCCCGGCUACCGUCCAAGGGUUCCAAUGGCCGGAUUUCUGGAGAGUCGACCGCGAACGGAAGACUGUGCUGCUUUGUGGCAAGACGCUCAAGGAAAGGGAUGAACACGUUGCCAAAACUCUUGCCGCAGAACGUGAACGCCGUCACUUCAAGGUUCUCGAGGGAUGGCGAAAGGAGCUAUACCCAGUCUAUGGUCCGGACCGCAGCAUGCUCGUCAAUAUCGAACGAGCGGCCAGCCCCUUGUUUGGGAUUGUGGUAUACGGAAUCCACAUGACUGGGUACGUCAACACAGAGGGUGGCCUCAAGAUUUGGGUGUCUCGCCGAGCCAAGAACAAGCAAACCUAUCCUGGUAUGCUUGAUAACACUGUCGGCGGAGGUAUGGCAAGUGGCGACAAACCAUUUGAGAGCAUCGUGCGAGAAGCUGCUGAGGAGGCCUCGUUCCCCAGGGAUUAUGUGAUAAAGAAGGCCAAGUGCUGUGGUACCGUCAGCUAUUUCGACAUUCGUGAUGAGCGAGCAGCACCUGGUGCAGAGGUUGGGCUGUUGCAACCUGAAUGCAUUUACGUCUUUGAUCUUGAAGUCCCUUCAGACUUUGUGCCACGUCCACAUGAUUUGGAGGCAGAAGAUUUUCGUCUCUGGGGUAUCCCUGAAUUACAGGCUGCUUUGAGGAAGGGGGAGUUCAAGACAAAUUGUGCUCUAGUGUUGCUUGACUUCUUCAUUCGCCAUGGCAUUAUCACACCCGAGGAAGAGGAGGACUACGUCGAGAUUGUCGCAAGACUUCAUAGAAAGCUAGAGUUUCCUUGCGUUUGA